ACAAAAUCUUUCAAAUUGCUGCGGAUACCACAGAUUUGGCGGUCUCUACUUCCUUGCUCUUCGGUGUCAUUGCAUUUGUGAAAUUUGGGUUCCUCUUUGUAAGGACGGAGAAAGUAUUAUGUUGCAUUCUAUCUGUAUAAAAAACUUAGAAUUAUAGUGUUGCUGCAUUACCAGAGAUGGGGAGGUUCUUAGGGCAAUUGCACAAUAUGUUUGACAAAAUUUCUGGAGGAAAAUGUCACCUUUCUUUUGAAGUCAAUGGGCUCAUAUUAUAUAAGUUGCCAUUUGGAGGGUUGUUUUACUUUGUUUUCAUCUUCUUGAAGCCAGAAUUUGCUUGGAAGGUGACAUUUUAGUUGCAGCAUUUUGCCAUAUCAGGUAGUAAUGGCUUGUAGAAUUCGGAAGCUGCUUUACGGUGGAAAUCAUUUUAGGACCAACAAAUCUGCAGCUCUCUGUCUGAACUCAAUACUUUAUCACUCUUCACAAGAUGUUUCCGACUUGCAAUGGUGUCGAGAUGAGUUUCCAAAGCUAAUUAAGUUGACCCAAUUGCUUGCAAAUGUGGAUAUAGUUAAUGGACGACUUGUUGAUGUAAAUAGUAAUUCAACCAUUUUCGAUGAUCAAAUUGAGAAUGAAAUGCGUACGUUCAAGUCUCUUGUCCAAGUGUUCAUUGGGUCUCCGUUUGUUCAACACAACAUGAGACGUGUUGUUUCCUCCACCACAAAUACACAUGAUACAUUUACCCCUUUCAGUAAAACUUAUGAAAGAGAAUCUAUGGUGAUUGAUUCACUGAGUAAGGUGAGUAAUUUUCUUAAUGUUUCUUCUCAACAGAGAAAGGUGGUUCGUUUCAAAGUAUGCCCGCAGGUUGCGCAGCACCAUAUAUGGACCGGUGCACUUAAAGAAACUCUGAAUAAUUUUGCAGUUGAUUUGGAUUCUUUAAGUUCUCAGGGCUUGAACGAAGGUAUUAUAUUGGGUCAGCAAAUUAUUCAUAGCUGCUUGAAAUUUCUGACAGAAACUGCCAGUUUUUCUGACACCGACUCAUCUUCAUGGAUGAAGUUUUCACCUUCUAAAACUGUUAGUUCUUCUGAUUCCCAGAAAUGGGAAGAUUUUCUUGCCAUGUUCAAUGACCUGAUUAAAUGCUGUAAAAGUGAAACACGAUUAAAGUUGCAUGUGGCUAAGGUUGAGGUCAUGAAGGAGGGGCUUUUACACAUCAAGGAUAUUUCGAUUGAUAACAAUAUUGCAUACAAGGAUGCUCGAUAUCUACAAAUCCUUGUGCAGAAGAAGCUUUCCAAAACAUUGGGCCAUUCAUCUGGUUGCUUAUUCACUCUAUUACAGUAUUACCUCCAUGGAAGAGUUACUGAUAUCGAAGUAGACUUGUGUGGUGGGAUUUACAGAAAUGGAAAUGAUAGGUUUUGCUUGUUCAUGGGAAGAAUUUUGACUUCAAAUAGUGAGAGGAUGAUUGGGCGUGGUGUGAAGCAGUUGGAUCGAGCACUUGGGCUUUUCAAGUUUGUAUGGGAAACAGCUGGAAUGAAAGGGCAUUUGGAUUUGCAAGGCCAUAUGUGGUGUGUUGGAGCAGACAAUAGGAUGCUUAGAUAUAGAGGAAACAUAUAUUUCAUGCACAGCAUUUGCCUUUGAUCAGAGAUUAAUCAUCAGUUAGUGAUGUCAAUGGCAAGUCAAAUUCAGGGUGUAUUCAAGAGCUUCAUUUGAUAUUAAUUUGUCUUAAAGUAUCAAAUGUUUGUUCACCAGGUUUUACUGGAAACUAGGUAGCAAAUGUGGUUGUCUUAGACAAAUGGGAUAAUGUGAAAUUGGAAAAAAGUAGUUUGCUGGCAACAGAAGCAAUAGAAUUUAUUUUACAGUUUUAUAUGAUCUUUCACUGCUCGUUUUGUCACAAGUCAGUUGUUCUGUUUUUCCCAUUAUUUCCAUCCCAUCAUUGUAUUUCUUUUUUCUUUGUACUUCACUUGUCUGUGUAUUCUGUUUUUAUUUUUAUCUUUACUCUCCUUGAUUUUUGUUUUUAUUGACUUAAUAAUUAUGCCUUCAGCUGAUAGUGAUUGUGUGUUGAGA